AUGUUUUUUGACGAUUACGAAAUCGAUGAAGCAUUAAAAGAAACAAUUAAAGAAAAAGACAAAGAUGAGUAUUAUUCUUCAAAAAUCGUUUGGCAAGAUUCAGAUGAUGAAAACAUUACUGUUUCUUUGAAAAAUCAAAGUAAAAUUCGUAAAUUACGUGAAACUGAAGAAGAGGAUUUGAUAUCGGGUGCUCAAUAUGAAAUGCGAUUAAGAAAUCAAUCAAAUACUGGUGUUGUAAACAUUUAUGACAAAUCAUGUUUAACCAUUAAAGAACCAAAACCUUUGAAAUCUUUUAUGAAUUUGACAACUUGUAUCCACGAUAUGAAAUUUAAUCAUGAUACACAAAUAUUAGGGAUUUCUAUGCCAAAUAGAAAAGCAAGAACAAAAUAUGCGAUCAGAAACCAAGAAAAAGAAAAGGAUGAUAAAAUAGAUGAAAAUGAUCAAGAAAUUUUUGAUAAAUUUACAUCUAAAACGCCAAAAGAAAGUAAAACUUUGUCAGAUAUUAUAAUGGAAAAAAUUGAAUCACAGCAAAAUUCGAAAAAGCAAAUGUCUUUAGAUAAGGAAUCAUCAUCAACUGUGAAUCCAAAAGUUGUUGAAGUUUACUCAAAAGUUGGUACUUUGUUAAGUGGGUAUAAAUCUGGUAAGAUUCCAAAAGCCUUCAAAAUUAUUCCAUCACUACCAGAUUGGGAGGAUAUAUUAUAUCUCACAAAACCUGAAAAUUGGACUCCACAUGCAACAUUGCAGGCAACUCGUAUUUUUGUUUCUAAUCUGAGUGAUAAACAAUCUCAAAGAUUUUUUGAUAUUGUACUUUUGGAUAAAGUUCGUGAUGAUAUAAAAGAAAACAAAAAACUUAAUCCUCAUUUAUAUAUGGCAUUAAAAAAAGCUUUAUAUAAGCCAGCUGCAUUUUUCAAAGGAAUUUUGUUUCCAUUGUGUGAGUCUGGCACAUGCACAUUAAAGGAAGCAGCAAUUGUUGGUAGUGUAAUAUCUAAAGUUAGUAUCCCGAUGCUUCAUUCUUCAGCUGCACUAUUACGAUUGGCAGAAAUGGAUUAUACUGGUCCCAGCAGUUUAUUUAUUCGCAUUUUGCUUGAUAAAAAAUAUGCAUUACCAUACAAAGUUGUAGAUGCUUUGGUAUUUCAUUUUGUUAGAUUUAAAAACGAUGAAAGGAAAAUGCCUGUAUUAUGGCAUCAAUCUUUUUUAGUAUUUGCACAAAGAUAUAAACAAGAUUUGACACCAGAGCAGAAAGAAGCACUGUUUGAUGUACUUAAAUCUAAAUUGCAUGAACAAAUCACACCUGAAAUUCGACGAGAAAUUGCUAACUCUGUUGCUCGUGAUGAAAUCAUCCAAGAUUUGAUCUACAUUGGUUGCUCAAAUAUUUUUGAUAUUAUUCCAAGAUUUAUAAAUAAAUUACAUAUUAACAAAAAAGAAGAUAUGAGUUCAGGACUUCCUUGGCUUGAAAAAUAUCGACCAGUAGUUUUAGAUGAUAUAGUUGGAAAUGAAGAUAUUGUUGAGAGGCUGAAGGUGAUUGCAAAUGAUGGUAAUAUGCCACAUAUGCUUUUAUCUGGAGCACCAGGUGUUGGUAAAACUACUAGUAUUUUAUGUCUUGCGCGUGCAUUAUUAGGAGAUCAUUAUAAUAAUGAUGCUGUGUUGGAACUAAAUGCAUCCGAUGAUAGUAUGACAAUUGGUGCACAACAAUCUCUUCGUCGUAUUAUAGAAUUAUUUUCAAAGACAACUAGAUUUGCACUUGCAUGUAACAUAUCAAACAAAAUUAUUGAACCAAUUCAAAGCAGAUGUACUAUAUUUAAAUUUAAAAAAUUAACAGAUGAUAUGAUCGAAAAAAGAUUAUUAGAAAUUUGUAAACAUCAAGAUGUAAAAUAUGUUCCUAAAGGUAUUGAUGCAAUCGUAUUUACAUCAGAAGGUGACAUGCGACAAGCUAUCAAUAAUUUACAGUCAAUUUUCAAUGGAUUUGGAAUAGUUACUGAAGAGAACGUCUAUGUGAAUUGUGAUGUGCCACACCCACACUUAUUAGGUGAAAUUCUUGAUGAUUGUUUAAAUGGAAAUGUAUCAGAGGCUAUGGAUAAAAUGACAAACCUUUUACAUAAGGGACAUAGUGCUGAGGGCAUUGCCACUACUCUGUUCAGGGCAUUAAAGACAAAAAAUGAAAUAAACGAAGCAAUGAGAUUGGAAAUUAUAUUUGAAGUUGGAACGGCACAUAGGAAAAUUUUAGAAGGUGUAGCAACAGAAAUCCAACUUUUAGCAUUGAUUGCAAGAAUCUCCAAGAUAAACAAAAGAUUGAAAAAAAUUUAA